AUGGAUUCCUCCACCACCCAAGCCGCCGACUCGUUCACCGACAACCUUCCGCCCCAGCCCUCGCCGUUCUUCCGGCUUCCGCGCGAGCUGCGCGACUGGGUCUACGCCUAUGUCUUCACGGACAAGGCCGGGCUGCGGUACGAGUACGGCACGGCGCGGCUGCUGGGCAGCAGCCCGCACUUUUGGGCGCUGCGCUCCACGUGCCGGCAGGCGCGCCAGGAGACGGUCGACUUCGCCUUCCGCCACAACGACAUCGUCUUCGACAACCUGGGCGGCCGCCGCAUCGCCCGGCCCAACUACCGCAAGUACUUCAACCGCUGGGACACCGAGUACAGCGAGGAGGACCCCAGCGACCCGGCCCGCGACGCCAUCGCCAAGCCCGUCGUCGACCGCGUGCAGAGCUUCCUGUCGCGCGUGCCCAGCGCGCCCCAGCGCGCUCUGCUGCGCGGCUUCACUGUCGUCGAGCUGCGCCCGCUCGAGCACAUCUCGGCCCUGCUCGACGCCUUCGACGCCCACGCCCUGCCCGACGUCACGCUGACCGUCACGCUCGUCCCCAGCGUCCUCGGCACCUACCAGUUCGACGACAAGUUCCCGCGCGCCCUCGAGCGCCUCUUCGUCAAGCGCUGGUUCCGCGCCAGCCGCCACACGGUGCGCGUCCGCCUCGACCCGGGCUUCGACGGCCUCGAGGACUGGAUCCGCACCGAGUUCCCCACGGCGAGCAACGCCCCCGUCCAGCUGGCCUUGCUGCGGCAGCUCAGGGACCUGCAGAGGCUGACGGCCGCUCUGAACGCCUUGAAGAAGGUCGACGGCGAUGGAGACGAUCUGACGCUGGAGUAUCUGCCGACCAGCUUCCUGCUGCUGAGUUGA